CACAUCGCUCUCUUCCAAGUAGUUCCCAGCUGAGAGUGCAGCGACAUCCACGCUGGUCCCUGCGUCAGGACUUUCGCGCCCACCAACUUCCUGUCAAAACCGAAACUACAUCAACCACACACCACUCACCACACUCUCUUUUUCAUGUAAUCCAGAGCGACGAAGCUCGCACACACACCACCCUCCUCCGCACCACGGCAUCCCCAUCCACCACUCGAGUGCCCAUCAUGGAUGUCAACCAGGUGCUCACCGGCACCCUCUCGCCAGACUCCAACACACGAACCCAGGCCGAGACGCAGCUGUCGCAGGCCGCCGAACAGGACUUUUCCGGAUACCUCAUCACUCUCGCACGCGAGCUCGCCAAUGAGCAAGCCGACGCCACAGUGCGCAUGGCCGCUGGUCUCGCUCUGAAAAACUCCUUCUCCGCUCGCGACUACGCCCGCCUACGUCAGGUCCAGCAACGAUGGCUGGAGCAGAUAGACCCUCAGAUCAAGACGCAGGUCAAGCAGUUCGCUUUGCAAACAUUGGGUACAAACGACUCGAGAGCGGGACAGUCGGCUGCGCAAUUCAUUGCUGCCAUUGCUGCCAUCGACCUGCCGCGUGAGCAAUGGCCGGAACUAAUGGCUACACUGGUGGAGAACGUGGGCAAUGGCAGUGAUCGCACCAAGCAGUCCUCGCUGACAACAAUCGGCUUCAUCUGCGAGACCGAUGACCAGGACCUUAGGGAUAGCCUGGCCCAGCAUAGCAACGCUAUCCUCACCGCGGUUGUUCAAGGCGCACGCAAAGAAGAGCCCAAUGCUGAGAUUCGAAAUGCAGCCAUCACCGCGCUGGGCGACUCCCUGGAAUUCGUGCGAACCAACUUUGAAAACGAAGGCGAGCGCAAUUACAUCAUGCAGGUCAUCUGCGAAGCCACACAAGCCGACGAUACACGCAUUCAGCAGGGUGCUUACGGGUGUCUCAACCGCAUCAUGGGCCUGUACUACGAGAAGAUGCGCUUCUACAUGGAGAAAGCACUGUUUGGCCUGACCAUCCAAGGCAUGAAGAACGAUGAGGAGGACGUCUCGAAACUGGCCGUGGAGUUCUGGUGUACAGUCUGCGAGGAGGAAAUCAGUAUUGAGGAUGACAAUGCUCAGGCACAGGCAGAGGGCAGCACCGAGCUGCGACAAUAUUUCAACUUCGCGCGCGUCGCUACUCAAGAAGUCGUGCCUGUCCUUCUCGAGCUGCUGGCUAAGCAGGACGAGGAUGCUGGUGACGAUGAGUAUAACAUCUCGCGUGCCGCCUACCAGUGCGUGCAGCUUUGGGCUCAGGCCGUUGGUAGUCAAGUCGUGCCUCAAGUCCUUGCUUUCGUGGAGAAGAACCUUCGGAACGAAGACUGGCACUACCGGGAUGCCGCUGUGUCUGCUUUUGGUGCCAUGAUGGAGGGCCCAGACGAGUCCGUCCUGGAUCCGCUUGUCAAGCAAGCUCUGCCCGUCCUCAUCUCCAUGAUGGGCGAUAGCCAUGUCCAGGUCCGAGACUCUGCAGCAUUCGCUUUGGGACGCAUCUGUGAGGCUGUCUCUGACAGCAUUGACCCCCAGGAGCAUCUGCAGCCUCUGAUCACUGCGCUCUUCCAAGGCUUAGCUUCGCACCCGAAGAUGGCCAGCUCCUGCUGCUGGGCCUUGAUGAAUCUGGCUGACAGAUUUGCGGGCGAGCCUGGCUGCCAAUCCAAUGCACUUUCACAGCAUUUCCAGGCGAGUGUUCAGCAUCUGCUUCAGCUCACCGAGAAUACGCCAGACAACAUGCUUCGCACUGCAGCAUACGAGGUGCUCAACGCUUUUGUCACCAAUGCCGCCAACGACUGUGUGCACAUGGUUGCCAGCUUGAGUGAUGUGAUCCUUCAGCGAUUGGAAAGCACCCUCUCGGUACAAGUCGUAUCCGUGGAGGAGAGGCUGACCCUGGACGAGCUACGCACUUCUCUCACCUCAGUCAUCAUGGCUAUCGUUCAGCGACUUGAGAAGGAGAUUGCCCCACAAGCUGACCGCAUCAUGCUUCUGUCGCUACAACUUCUGCACGCCCUGCCGGCCAAGUCCAGCGUGCCAGAUACCGUGUUUGCGACCAUCGGUGCACUGGCGAAUGCCCUGGAAGGCGACUUCGACAAAUACAUGAAGGACUUUCAGCCUUUCUUGCUCAAGGCGUUGGAUAAUCAAGAGGAGCCGCAGGUCUGCUCGAUUGCCAUUGGUCUUGUAACCGACAUUGCCCGCGCUCUGGAGCAGAAGGUCCAGCCCUACUGUGAUGAGUUCAUGAACAGUCUUCUCACCAAUCUGCGCAGCACAACUCUGGGAAAUCAGUUCAAGCCUGCGAUACUGCAAUCAUUUGGUGAUAUUGCGCAGUCCAUUGGUGGCGCCUUUGAGCCCUAUCUGUCAGUGGUCGCGCAGGUGCUUCAACAGGCUGCCGGUAUCAGCACUCAGGAGAACGCAUCUAGCUUUGAAAUGCUCGACUACAUCGUCUCGCUUCGAGAGGGAAUUAUGGAUGCUUGGAGCGGUAUCGUCAUGGCACUGCGCGGAUCCAACAAGCAGCAAUUGCUGCUGCCUUAUGUUGAGUCCAUAUUCUCGCUUCUGCACAGCGUCUACCAAGACCCGAACCGGACGGAAGCUCUGCUGAGGUCUAGUAUGGGUGUCAUCGGCGAUAUCUCCGAGGCAUUUCCCACUGGGGAGAUCAGCCAAUACUUCCGACACGAGUGGCUCACGGCCAUGGCCCGCGAGACUCGUGCCAACAAGGACUUUUCUCAGCGAACGCAAGACACAGCCCGGUGGGCGCGAGAGCAAAUUAAGCAACAAACGACCGCGGCCGCUCGUAAUGCGACAAUGUCCUGAACACGCGCAACAGUUAUACUCUCUGAAGAAUAAUGCCUCUCGUCCGCACUUACGGAAGCGGUCAGCUACCCUUGUCGCGAAACUACGAUCGCUGGGUCCCGUAUGCCACAUCGCGUCUGUUCCGUUGCAUCCUGCUCUGAGCCACAUUAACAUGAAACUACGAGAGCUGUGUACAAUCAUGCCCAUGAUUGCCACGGAACUUACUGAUGGUCGAGUUGCGAAAUCCGCAAGCCUGCGACGUGCCAAGCAGCCAGGCGGUGAAGCUGCUUGAUACGCCAUGCAGCGGUGCUGCUACGCAUAUACCCGAAGUACGACAUCACGAGACGACACACGCAAGACGCGCCCCAGCACGCAUCGAUACCCAGCACGCCACCAUUACCCUUUUGUCUGCCACCGCAUGAAUGAGAACGUUUAGCACAGGAGAAGCCUAGUGCGCUGAACAGGAGGAGAGCACGCGGCAGGCUAUAGAUUCUAGCAUAGCAUUGAGCGCCUUUGGUUCUAGAUCUAGCCAUGCUACUAAACGAAAGCCUUCAUACCCGAC